GUCUCUGAGGAAAAGGCUGCGCGCGGUCUUUUUCCAUCUUAAUGCUCUAAGUGUUAACAGUUGUGCAUGGGGAAUUAAACUUGUGCUUCAGUUCAUUUUUGUCAUAACAAAAGCAAAACUUUAGAUUUUUCCCAUUCAGAUAGCAACUAUGGGCUCGACUAGUGUUUAUGGAUGAUGUGUCUUUCCUAAAAAUAAGUUGUCAAUGCUUGUUUCUGCUUGUUUUUGCUUGUUUCUGCUUGUUUUUGCAUAGCUUGUCAUUAAACUUGUUUUUUUAAGCCCUAAGUAGCCUCCAUCUGAGCAUCAUAUGGAUUUUCACUGCAGUGUUUAAACCCAGCACUCAGGGAUUCUGGCCACUUCCUGUUCCUAACACACCUGGCCAGGCACACUAUGUUCUCCUCAGUCAAGCCCUUCGAGGACCAACAGUUUGCCACUCUGAGGAAACAAUGCCGGCAGAAUGGGAGGUUGUUUGAAGACCCACUCUUCCCCGCCGAGGACCGUUCGCUCUUCUACCACGGCAACCGCAUCGGCAAAGUCACAUGGAAGAGGCCCAAGGAACUCUGUGAUGACCCACACCUGUUUGUCAAUGGCAUCAGUGCUCAUGACCUGCAACAGGGGCAACUGGGAAACUGCUGGUUUGUAGCAGCCUGUUCCAGCCUUGCUUCCCGAGAGGCCCUGUGGCACAAAGUGAUUCCAGACUGGAAGGACCAGGAAUGGGAGAAAGACAAGCCAGAGGCUUAUGCUGGGAUCUUCCACUUUCGGUUUUGGCGUUUUGGAGAGUGGGUGGACGUGGUCAUUGAUGAUCGGCUGCCCACCACCAACGGCCAUCUGAUUUACUGCCAUUCUAACGACAGCAAUGAGUUCUGGAGCGCACUGGUGGAAAAAGCCUACGCCAAGCUUUAUGGCUGCUACGAGGCUCUGGAUGGCGGAAACACAGCCGACGCGCUGGUGGAUUUUACCGGGGGCGUCUCAGAACCCAUUGACCUGCUGGAGGGCCACUUCAAUCAGGACGAAGAAGCACGCAACCAGCUGUUUGAGCGUGUCCUCAAAGUCCACAACAGAGGAGGCCUCAUCAGCUGCUCCAUCAGGGCGACCUCUCAGGCCGACAUGGAGGCUCGGCUGGAAUGCGGUCUGGUCAAAGGUCACGCAUAUGCAGUGACAGACGUGCACAAGGUGCGUCUGGGCCACGGUCUGCUCGCCUUCUUCAAGUCUGAGAAGCUCACCAUGAUCCGCAUGAGGAACCCGUGGGGGGAGAAGGAGUGGAACGGGCCUUGGAGUGACAGCUCAGAGGAGUGGCAGAGGGUCAGUAAGAGUGAGCGGGAGAAGCUGGGAGUAACUGUGCGGGACGAUGGUGAAUUCUGGAUGACCUUUGAGGAUUUCACUAAGCACUUCACAGACCUGAUCCUGUGCCGCCUCAUUAACACAUCAUACCUGAGCAUCCAUAAGACCUGGGAAGAGGAUGUGAAGUUUGGCUCCUGGUCUCGGCACGAUGAUUCUCUGAAGAACCGCUCUGGAGGCUGCAUUAACAACAAAGCCACGUACCUUCAGAACCCACAGUAUUUGUUUGAUGUGAAGAAGCCAGAGGAUGAAGUUUUAAUCUGCCUACAGCAGAAAGAUAAAAGAUCUCAACUUAAAGAAGGCAAAGGAGAGAACUUGGCAAUCGGCUUCGACAUUCAAAGGGUGGAGCUGAAUAGGAUCUACCGCAUGCACAAGCCACAGCAGAAGAUGUGCAGCUCUGUCUACAUCAACUCUCGCAGCGUGUUCCUGCGCAAGGACCUGAAAGAAGGCCGUUAUGUUAUCAUCCCAACGACCUUUGACCCUGGACUACAAGCAGACUUCAUGUUACGAGUCUUCACAGAUGUGCCUUCAGAGUGCAAAGAACUGUCCCUGGAUGAGCCUCCGCAGACGUGUUGGACAGGCCUCUGUGGCUAUCCACAGCUGGUCACACAGGUGCAUGUGAUGAAGGCUGUGGGACUGGAGGGCCAGGACUCUGACAGAUCAUCUGACCCAUAUGUGAUCAUCAGUUGUGAAGGGGAGAAGGUGCAUUCCCCCGUGCACAAGGACACACUGAGUCCUGAGUUUGAUGUGAAGGCACUCUUCUACAGGAAGAAACCCAAAGAGCAGAUACGCAUUCAGAUCUACAACAAAAACGUCCUGUCCGAUUCAUUCCUGGGCCAGGUGACUCUGAACUCAGAUGUUUCAGACCUGCAGAAGGAUCACGUACUCCAUCUAAAGGGCAAAGGCAGCCGUCAGAACAGUGACCUCCCGGGCAUGCUCAGUGUGAGCCUCAUCACCAGCAAUGUCCUCACCAAUAUCUGAGAGCAACCAGGUCAGCCAAAAUCAAGAGGAUCAUGAAGAUAAACUUCACCUCUGUGUGGAUCUGUCAGUUAUAUGUGAAGCUUUGAUAAUGUGGAGAGCACUUUUCUUUUGUGGAUAUAGUUUACAUAUUGCAUACUUCACCAGACUUUUCUAACCACUUUUGUCUGUAGUGGGGCUUUACAUGUCUAAUAAUAAUGGCCUUAAUGAGUUCUGUUUACAUGAUCUCUGGGACCAAAAUCAGUGUGAUAUUACAUUGUUAAUUGAUACAUUUCCUUCUGAUGUAUGUGGAAUUCUACUAUAUGUAUAUAUUCUCUAAGGUUGGAAAAAGUAUGUGAAUCUUUUCGUUGCCAAUUAAUCAUCCAAAGUGUUUUUAAUCAUCCGUAUAACAGCCAUUAAAUAUGCUGGACAGUAAUUAAGCAUGUUUACACAAUAUUAGCACUCAGCUAACUGCACAAUAGCUGAAGGCAGUAUUAGCACUGUCUUCUUAUAUCCGCCUCGUUUGAGUGGCCAGUUAGGCCCAGGCUUAAUUUUAUAUUCUGAUCAGCUAAUUCUGUGGAACACAACCAUCAGUAGGGAAAUAGUGCCUCAAAUGGGUCUGAAAUUCACACCUCAGGAUUCUAACCACUUUUAAACCAGUGCUCUUAUUACUAUACUUUAUAGGUGCCUUUCCACCAUAAGAAAGUUUAUCAGGAACCUUUUGUGUUUCCACCAAAUGAAACACAUAAUUUUAGGGCGCUUUCACUAGUGUUAGUAUUAGUAUUAUUUUCGGUCCAAAUCUCCAGUACAUGUGACCUUUCAGCUCCACUACAGCUCUGUCCUUUGGCUCAGGUCAUGCCUCUUGGCUCAGUUUAGCAGCUCAUAUCUGUACUAUAAUGCUGCUCGCAAUCCCAAAGUACAUAGCAUGACUAAAUAUUGCAUAUGUGAAUGCACCUUUAGUGUACUUUUCUGCGGACCGGGAAGCACUAGGGCAGAGCUUGCUGUACUGAACGUCACUGACUGGCCACUGCAGCCUUACAUGCCCUUUUUAUAAUUCUGUUUAAAAAACAAGCAAUGACUACAGCUUGCUUUAUAUCAAUAGCACAUCAGCACAACUGUGUCCAUAACGUGUUUGUUUUUAUAUAAGUGGCGAGUAAGUAUACAAGUGUAUUUUGUAUGUUUGGAUGGCAAGAUUCAAAGAUAGCAAAGAAGGAAAGCCGAUUUGUGCUGAUUAGAAUCAAAGCAGCAGUGCUGACACUUGACCAAAAUGACCACUUGGUGGCAGUACAUCAUCACAAAGUCUCAAGGAUACUAAAGAGUAUUUAUUCCUCUUGUAGAAGCUUCUGUUCUGUUGAGGUCUUUUGUUUAAUCUUUUGUUUACUCUGUUGCCUUUAAGUGUAACAUUUGAUAUGCAAUAUAUAAUAUUUCCUGCUCUUUAAAAAUGGAUUUAUUUUUUAUUUUUUAUUUUAGUAUUUUUUUUUAAACAUAUCUGAAAAAUUUCUCUAACAAGUACAUUCUCUUUUAAUAGACAUUACAAUGUUGAAACAAACAUUUCAACACAGAUGUGUGAUAAUCUGUUCAGGCUAAAUUAAUGGUACAUUAUAUAUUGUAAUGAACCUUGCCUGCAUGGAUAAUGAUAAAGCUGAGGUGAGUGCAUGCUAUGAAAUGCCUGCCAAAGAUGUGCAAUGACGUGCCAUUUUGUAUUUUUAAUCACUAAAGAAGUUUGUCUGUUUCAAAUGUUGCGCCUUUAUUACUCAGUCUUGCAUCACACAACAUUGACCAAAAAAAAAAAAAAGCUGGAUUGUUGUAAUGAUCAGAUUAUAAGGUAUAACAUGCGUCUUUUACCUGUUUGAUACUUGUGUAUGUAUAUCCAGAGUAUAAAGUUAAAUCGGAAAUAAAGUGAACUGGAGUAGUGGAUUUGCAUUGUAAUUUCAUUACUUUUAUAACUGUUGUGACUAACUCUUAACAGGUAACAUGUUUCAAAACAUCCAUUUGGUAAAGUGUUUAAACUUUUGACUGGUGUUCAUACUGUAUAAAUAUAGAGAUGCCAGUGUUUAUUAUGUCCUACCUAUUGUCAUACCUAGUGUAUCUAUUAUAGGUAUAUAUUCAUCGGUACAUACUCCUGUCUCAUUCCUACAGUCGGUGGUGUUUUCUCUCUACAUUCAGCCACUUUAAACCCAUCCAUCAGCAGAAAGGGACCACCAGAAGACCACUGCUGAUGUAUUCACUCACAGAGCACUUUAUUAGGAACAUUAUACCAAUACUAGGUAGGCCCUCCCUUUGCUCUCAAAACAGCCUCAGUUCUUCGAGGCAUAGAUUCCACAAGAUGUUGGAAACAUUUCCUUGAGAUUUUGGGCCAUGUUGACAUGAUUCACACAAUUCCUGCAGAUUUUUCAGGUGCACUUUCAUGCUGAGAAUCUCUCGUUCUACCAUCAUAAAGGUGUUCUAUUGGAUUCAGGUCCAGUGACUGGGAAGGCCACUGAAGAACAUUGAACUCGUCAUGUUCAUGAAACCAGUUUGAGGCUACUUCUGCUUUAUGGCAUGGUGCAGUAUCAUGCUGGAAGUAGCCAUCAGAAGAUGAGUAAAUUGUAGGCAUGAAGGGAUGCACAUGGUCAGCAACAAUACUCACAUAGGCUGUUCAAGUGAUGAUUGAUUGGUAUUAAUGGCCCCAAAGUGUGCCAAGAAAACAUUCCCCACACCAUUACACUACCUCCACCAGCCUGGACUCAAAGCUGCUGGCCCGUAUCCGCAUGAUUUUAUGCAUUGCAAUGCUGCCACACGAUUAGCUGAUUAGAUAAUUGCAUGAAUGUGUAGGUGUACAAGUGUUCCUAAUAAAAUGUUUGGUGAGUGUAUGUACAGUAUACAGGGAAUAAAGCACAACAGCAUGCUGUGAUAGGAAAAUAAUCAAUACUGGGGUUGUGUAAUUUAACCUGGCACAAGGGGGAGUUACUUUUACAGUUAAUCAUUUUCCUGUAACAACAUAACUUACUAACUUACCAACUCAGGGACUGUAAAUUUUUAUAUUUUUAUGUAUUAUAUGCAUUAUAUUUUAUGUAUAUUUUUCUUCUUCUUUUUUUAGGGAGACAUGCAAAGUAAGAAUUUCAUUGUAUGGUCUAAACCGUUGUGUUUUCACUGUGCAUAUGACAAUAAACCUCUUGAAUCUUGAAA